AUGAACGGAUUUGCUGUGGUUCUCGUUUUGCUGGGAGUCUUUUGGACUCAGACUUCUGCAUUGGAUACUUUUGUCCUGCAAGAACCUGGCAAUGCCUAUGUCACUGGAACUAUGACUAUUCACAAUGAGGAACACAUUGUUGAAGUUCAUGUCCGUUCUGGCGUGUAUUCCUCUGAUACCAUUUUUGACUACUCGCAUGGGUAUAUUGCAACAAGGUUAUUUUCACGAAAUGCCUGCUUUAUCAUGAAAAUAAAUAAGGAAUACAUCCCAGAGCUGCGAGAAAUUGGACGCCUGGCUUUUGAGAGAAAGACUAUGGAGAAAGUAUACUCUCCAAAUAUUGUGUGGGUACAGUUUCGAUCUGGCCAUUCCGUGCUUGGGAGUUUCAAAGACUGGCUUCUCUAUGGCAGACCCAUUGAACAGCUCUGCACAGGUCUGCCUCUCUACCAGCUUGCAGAGACUCAACCACUACUGAAUCUUCAUCGCUGUAGCAAUGCAGGAAUUCCAAGCAUUUUGGGCCUUAAAAUCUGUGAAAAAGACAAUUAG